UGUCUCUUUCUGUCCGCUCUAGUCCUCUACUUCAUAGUGCAUAGUGCAUACCUCUCCUCCUCAUUUUACUGUCUAGAAACCCUAAUUCAAAAUUUGAAUUCAGUGUGUACUAGCAUGGAGGGCAGGCGGAGGAGUGCAAGAAUCCAGAUGUUGGAGAAAAAAGCUCCUCCUCAGAGUUCCGACCCAGAGCUAGAGGAUGAUGAGAGUAGCAGGAAGGUUUACAAGCGAAGAAAAACGGAUAUAGCUCCCAGUUCCAAGCCAAAAUCAAAGCCAAAGCCAAAGCCAAAGCUGCCCAAUGACGGAUCUACCGCGUCGGAUUCCAUCUCCCAAGCUGCUGCCUCCGGUGGCGCCGGCUACAAUCUAGCUUCCAGUAUUGACGGAAAUGAGAAACUCCCUUCUCUCAAGGUGACGGAGACCAUUCGGCUUUUCAACAAGCAUUAUUUGCACUUUAUCCAGGAGGAAGAUAUAAGGUGUAAGAAAUUGGAAGCAGAGAAGAAGAAGACUAAAAAUUCAAAGAAAAAUAAGGCUGUUGGAGAAGAUGAUGCAAAACGACCUUCUAAGAGACCUGAUCUAAAAACAGUCUCUAAGAAAAAUAAGGCUGUUGGAGAAGAUGAUGCAAAACGACCUUCUAAGAGACCUGAUCUAAAAGCAGUCUCUAAGAUGAAGCAGAAUAAAGAGAUAAUUAAUACUACUAAAAGAUUUGGUGCCAUCCCAGGGAUUGAAGUUGGGCAUCAAUUUUUUUCACGAUGUGAGAUGGUUGUAAUAGGAUUCCAUAGCCAUUGGCUCAAUGGCAUUGAUUACAUUGGACGGACCAAACAACGGGAGUUUAGUGGUUAUAGAAUGCCUCUUGCAACAGCCAUUGUAUUAUCUGGCCAAUAUGAGGAUGACCAGGACAACUAUGAGGAAGUUGUCUACACAGGUCAAGGUGGCAAUGACCUGUUAGGAAAUAAACGCCAGAUAAAAGAUCAAGUCAUGCUAAGGGGUAACUUAGCCCUCAAGAACUGCAUGGAGCAAUCUGUACCUGUUCGAGUAGUCCGUGGACACCGAUGCCCAAAUAGUUAUGUGGGCAAGGUUUACACAUAUGAUGGCUUGUACCAGGUAAUAAAAUUUUGGGCUGAGAAAGGCAUAUCUGGAUUCACAAUCUUUAAAUUUGGCCUUAAACGUAUUGAAGGACAGCCUCCCUUGACUUCAAACCAGGUUCAUUUUGUUCGAGGUCGUAUUCCAAAUUCAGUCUCUGAAAUACGAGGGUUGGUAUGUGAUGAUAUUUCUGGUGGCCUAGAGGACAUCCCCAUUCCAGCAACUAAUCUGGUUGAUGAUGAACCCAUUCCACCUCCAGGGUUCACUUAUACCAAAAAUUUGAUAUGGCCCAAAGAUAUAGCUAUCCCUCCUACUGGCUCUGGAUGCGAUUGUCGGGGCAAGUGUUUUGACUCAAAAACUUGUGCUUGUGCAAAGCUGAAUGGCUCAGAUUUCCCGUACGCAGAGCGAGAUGGUGGCAGGCUAAUAGAACCCAGGGCCGUGGUUUUUGAAUGUGGUCCAAAUUGUAAGUGUGGAGCUUCUUGCGUUAAUCGGACCUCUCAAAGAGGACUAAAGUAUCGGCUUGAGGUCUUUCGUACUCCAAAUAAGGGGUGGGGUGUUAGAUCAUGGGAUUAUAUACCUUCUGGUGCUCCCAUUUGUGAAUACAUUGGGAAACUGAUUAAGACUGAUCAGAUAGAUCCCUCUUCUGAUACAAAUUAUGUUUUUGACAUUGACUGCUUGCAAACAAUGAAGGGUUUGGAUGGAAGAGAGAGGCGUUUGAGGGAUGUUUCCUUGCCUGAGUAUGUUGAUAAUGGUGAUGAGAAGGCUGUGGAUGGUGCACCAGAGUUCUGCAUUGAUGGGUUCUCCACUGGAAAUAUCUCAAGGUUCAUCAAUCACAGUUGUCAGCCAAAUCUUUUUGUACAAUGUGUUUUAAGCAAUCACCAUGACAUUAAACUGGCUCGAGUCGUGCUAAUGGCUGCUGAUAACAUUCCUCCACUGCAGGAGUUGACAUAUGAUUACGGGUAUGGUAUUGAUAGUGUUUUGGGUCCUGAUGGAAAGAUUAAACAAAUGGCAUGCUACUGUGGAGCUCCAGAAUGUCGGAAACGCUUGUACUAAUUCUCGACGAAUUUCAUAUCUAUCUUUAGCAUAUACUGUAUAAUACAAGUUCAACUGUAUCUGCACCCAAGGGCUGCAUUGGCGUCCUUUUUUUUUUUUUUGUUCUUUUUUCUUUUAAGUUUAUUGUGAAGGAAUAUUAUUGUCUUCACUUUUUGAAAAUGUCAAAUCCCAUUGCCAUUGACUUGC